UGGUACAUGUUUUGGGUUCAGAGACCACAAACCAACACUAAUAGAGAAUAAAUGGACUGCACAGUGUGCUAAUGGAAUAAAUGUACUGACACAUGGGCUAUAUUUAUUCAACGUAAUUUGACAUUUCUUCCACCUAGUUUCUUUGAAGAAACUGCUAUUGCGAGUAAGAAAAGGACCUGUACGCUUUGUAUGAAAACAUUUAAAUAAUUUAUAACGCUCCACAUUAGCACAGGUAUGUUGUAGAAAUACAAAUAACGAUUCAAGCCCACAAAACAUUACAGUACAAGAAACCUUAGGAUUAUGUGAAGAAAUGGAUGAAAGUGGAUUUUAUCUGGUCCUGUUUGUUUUAAGCUUAUUCUGCCACAUGACAACAUGCUGGAUUCUACGGCUCCCGUGCAAAACAGAAGCGAACUUCUCAAUUUCCGCAGCUGGCUAUGCGUUAGAUCACAACGUAUUUGUAAGACUGACAAUGUCCCUUGAGGAUUGCAAGGUUCACUGCAUGUACACGGACAAUUGUCAGUCAUUGAAUUACAAAGUUUCAGGUAGUGAAAACUGUGAGCUAAGCAGAGAAACAAACGUAUCCAAGCCUAACGAUCUGGUCAAGAAGAGUGACUGGACAUAUUACGCGACAAAUCAAAAAACGACCCUGAUUGGAUCAUUUUGCCAAAGAGAGCAGCCUUGCAAGGAAAACGAAGUCUGCAUUGAUGACUGCGUAUGCCCUGGCUAUCGUUGCAUUGCCUGCUCAAUGGAAAACAUUUCUACCUAUUGCUCUGCAUUACGUGAGUAAUAGUAGUGUCUUGAUCUAAGUAGAAACCCCCUACUCUCAACUCAGUUUAACAGCUACAGUUCCACCGAAAAUUUACAAAAUUUGCCUGUUUUCUUUGUAUUGUAAGGCAGCAUGUUUAUUUUAUAUUUUUUAAUUUGCUUCUACCUAGCAUCUGAAGAUAGUUUUAGGACACUGAGAAGCUAUGCUUAUUGAACAGUGUUCUGGUUCAGUGUUCAUAUUUGUAAAGCAUUGUUAAACUUUUACAGUACAAAUAUGAUUUGUUUUUGCAAAAAUUGCCAUGCUACUAGGAGUCUAAUUAUGAGUUGAGACAAUUUAAUUACGAGCGGAUUCCUAUUUGCUAACAGACGCAGGGGCAAAUGCCCCUUUGCCCCACUUACAAUGGACCGUAUAGACAGAUCAAACUUUUUUAAUUUCAUUUUAUGUACACUGCUCAUUUUAAACAUGAUUAUGCAAUUUAGUUAAGAAUGUCAAUUAGACCCAUCUUCAUCCGUAAAUAAGAAAACUGUUUACACGAUACCAUUUUUAAAUGAACACUAAUAUCAUACCAUAUACAAAUGAUACCAUAAACAAUUCAACUCAAUGAC